GCUUCCAGAUACUUCUGCAAGACAACAGGGCAGCACGCUGGGUGGCUGCUGAAAUGGACGUUUAACCCUCCCUUUGCUGCGUCUCUGCUGGAAGUGGGUUUCCGCCUGGGGUCUUCACUAGUCUUGCCCUUUGGUUCUGUUAGAGCGCAUCAGAAAGAGACCAGCCUCUGCUUCACGCCAUCAUCUCAAAAGAGGGCACCCCAGCCAGUGCAAAGAAAUGACUACUCUCUAAGAUGUCCACCAUGGCAAACAGGAAAUGCCAAAGCACCACGGCGACCAUGCUGGAUCACCGGACAAGAGCCUGCCCUGCUUCUCCUCAUGGCCAAGCAGCUGAAAAGGCCAAAAGUACUUUGCCCGGGGAAGACUAUGUGGAGAAGGUGAUGGACGCGGUAACAGUUGGUCCAGGUAGCUUUCCCCCAGUCGACCCCGAGCAUAUCGAUAACAGCGCAGAUGGGGACUCUAGUUCGGAUUAUGUCAACAACACUUCGGAGGAGGAGGAUUACGAUGAAGGACUUCCAGAGGAGGAAGAAGGAAUCACCUACUAUAUUCGAUAUUGUCCGGAGGAUGACAGUUACCUGGAAGGAAUGGACUGCAACGGGGAAGAAUACGUCCCCCAAGAAGAGCAUCACGUAGAGACGGACGAAUGCCAGGAAGCUAUUGAGGAAGGAGAAUGGGUGGAGACCAAAAUUCAGCACCAGGACAACGUGGCCGAAGCGGUGGGCUACCACGAAGGCUGCAUCCAGAUUUUGGAAAGCGAGGUGGCCUGUUUAGAAAUCCAGGAUCAAGAUGAGAGCAUCCAGUAUUGCCAUCCUGAUGAAGGGGGUUACUACUCCCCGGAAGCCAACGGCAACUCCCGCCGGAUGUCCCCUUACCAUGGCAGGAACGAAGAGGGGGACUUGGAAGAGCAGGAAGAAGACAUCGACCAGAUCGUGGCGGAGAUCAAGAUGAGUAUGAGUAUGAACAGCAUCAAUAGCGCAUCGGAAAUGAGCCCGGAGCAUGAUGGGACUGAAAAUGUACUCAAUGACUAUGCAGAGACGUGUCCCAAGGGAGAGCCUGGACACGCGGCCAGUCGGCAUCUGGGGCGGCCCAAGUCCUUGAACAUCCCUCCAGCCUCCAAGCAACUCGGAGAUGCCCCAAGAGGCUUCAAAACCAAGUCCAAGACUCCAGAUGACAGGCAGACCUGGCCACAAGAACAGGUAUGCAAUGGCUUAGAACAACCCAGGAAGCAACAACGCUGUGAUCUCAAUGGGCCGAUCGACAACAAUAAUAUGCCAGAGACCAAGAAGGUUCCGUCUUUCCCGAGCUUUGUUGAUGUUCCAGGUCCUUGCGAGCCUGAGGACCUCAUUGAUGGCAUCAUCUUUGCAGCCAAUUACUUGGGUUCUACCCAGUUGCUCUCCGAACGCAACCCUUCCAAAAACAUCCGGAUGAUGCAAGCCCAAGAAGCAGUGAGCCGUGUCAAGAGGAUGCAAAAGGCAGCUAAAAUCAAGAAAAAAGCGACGUCUGAAGGGGAUGUCCAUGCUUUGACAGAGGUGGACCUGUUCAUCUCCACCCAGAGGAUUAAAGUUCUUAAUGCAGACACCCAGGAAACCAUGAUGGACCAUGCGCUGCGCACCAUCUCUUACAUCGCUGACAUUGGCAACAUUGUGGUCCUGAUGGCCCGCCGUCGAAUGCCUCGGUCAGCAUCCCAGGAUUGCAUCGAGACGACCCCCGGGGUGCAAGAAGGGAAGAAACAGUACAAGAUGAUCUGCCACGUUUUCGAAUCCGAGGAUGCCCAGCUGAUAGCUCAAUCGAUCGGACAAGCUUUCAGCGUGGCCUAUCAGGAAUUUCUCCGGGCCAACGGCAUCAACCCCGAAGAUCUCAGUCAGAAAGAAUACAGCGAUAUCAUCAACACCCAGGAAAUGUAUAACGAUGAUUUGAUUCACUUCUCCAACUCAGAGAACUGCAAAGAGCUGCAGAUCGCCAAACACAAGGGGGAGAUCCUUGGUGUGGUGGUUGUGGAGUCUGGCUGGGGGUCCAUUUUGCCCACGGUUAUCCUGGCUAAUAUGAUGAAUGGAGGGCCAGCAGCCCGUUCAGGAAAGCUCAGCAUCGGAGACCAGAUUAUGUCCAUUAAUGGGACCAGUUUAGUUGGCCUUCCUUUAGCAACCUGUCAAGGAAUCAUUAAGGGCCUUAAGAAUCAGACGCAAGUGAAAUUGAACAUUGUCAGUUGCCCUCCAGUCACCACCGUCUUAAUCAAGCGCCCAGAUCUGAAAUACCAGCUGGGUUUCAGUGUACAGAACGGAAUUAUCUGCAGCUUGAUGCGAGGUGGGAUUGCAGAGAGAGGCGGGGUCCGGGUAGGGCAUCGCAUUAUCGAGAUCAAUGGUCAAAGUGUUGUCGCUACGGCUCAUGAGAAGAUUGUCCAAGCCUUGUCCAACUCCGUCGGAGAGAUCCACAUGAAGACCAUGCCUGCUGCCAUGUUCCGCCUGCUGACCGGUCAAGAAACUCCACUCUACAUCUAAAAGGGAAGCUCGGCUGCUCCUCCAGCAAACCAUAUCCUGCUGCCUAAGCUUAAACUUCCAGAGAAAUGUUGUAUUUUGUAGGAAACGGGCACGGUUUGAACCCAAAACUGGAUAUGCUGGACACUCGAUGGAUCCAGUUCCUUUGCCUUUUUUCUGUUGGGUUUGUUUCUUAGUUUACCUCUCUCUCUCCUUUGUAAACCUUGCCAAAAGAUGAUGACGUCCUCAUUAUGGCAAAUAACCACAGACAUCAUCUUUCCAGCCACGUGAUCGGCAAUCUCCAUCUUCAUGACUCAGGAUGAAGUCCACCUCGAAGCUGAUCGAGUCCCAUGGCUGUUUGGACCUUCUGGUUGCAGAGAGACACUUAUUAUGUCCUUCUAAUACUUUACUGUAAGGGGAUUCCAGCAUGUCCAUAGUCCUCUGUCCGUCUCUGCCACCUUCAGCCACGAGGCACGUGGGGUCUACGGAAACCAGGCCCUUUCCACCUGGGGAGGCUUCCACUGGACUGCACCUUCCCAACCCAGUGGACGCAGCCGAGGAGGGGUUGUUGCAAUGACUGAGAAGGGGUGCAGUUUUAAAGGGGGGCUGGAGGGAGGUUUGGGGGUGGGAGAGUGUCCAUUGCUAUCAAAUGAGAAAUCAAAAUACCCUGCUGUUGUCAUUGGUAUCCUUAUUGUCACGUGACUUUUGAUGAGACGUGGUUUGUAUGUGAAGUAGAAAGGUUUCAGAGUGAAUGUGAGUGAUAUGGAAAAAAAGAAAACAACACUGAAAACUUUUUGGGGGAAUUCUUAAUAUCCCUGCCAGGAAAAAAAAAAAGCGAAAGAAUCUUUGCAAUACGAAUGCGGGAUAUUUAUUUCAAUGGGAUAUUUAUUACAUUUCUGUUUUGGAGAGACCGAACCUUUUUAACGCUGAGAAUAUCGUUCCUAGAGUUUUGCAAGUCGGGAAAACCAGGGAAAUAAGGCUCCUCUUUUUCUCGUCCCAUUGCCUUCCAUAUCACCCUUUCGUUGAACUUCAGUUCACUCUCGGAAAGCCAUGCUUAAAUGCAACUUUUUUAUAUCAAAAUGUUUAAUAUCGUUCUGUUUGUCUUUGAUUCUCCUGAGCCAACAUGUCUGAAUGUAAACGGUGACGCCGAAUGCAGAAUCUUUGCCAUCUGCAGUAUUAAGAUUUGUGGCAACGAUAAACCAAGGAAUAGUUAUCAUGUGUUCAUUACGAGAUAAAUGUCAACUGAUGUAACUCUUUUCGUCUUGAUUUCUUUUCCUCUCUCCUGUGGUCGAAGAAAAAAAUGACACUGUGAUAAAAAAAAAUAAGGAAAGCCUUAGCCUACCGUAACGAAAACCAUAGCAUUAAAUCUACUUCAAGGAGUAACACCGUAGUAGAGUUCUGUUGCAUGCAAGGGACACUAGGAGAGAAUUAAUCUAUACUCAUUAAUAAAUUUGGAGUAAUGAAA